AUGGUACCAAGUUCUGAAUUAGUGACACUACCCAAUAACACUAACUUUUCUCCUACAAAUCCAGACAUCUCAGAUCAACAACUUCCAUUAACCACCACCUCAACUACUACUACAACUCACACCAAGCUAACUCUCCUACCUCUUAUAUUCCUAAUAUACUUUGAAGUUGCUGGUGGGCCCUACGGCGAAGAGCCAGCAGUUCAAGCAGCAGGACCUCUUCUUGCUCUACUAGGCUUUCUCAUCUUCCCAUUUGUUUGGAGUGUUCCUGAGGCUUUAAUCACAGCUGAACUCUCGACUGCCUACCCGGGUGAUGGUGGCUUUGUUAUAUGGGCACACCAAGCAUUUGGACCCUUUUGGGGAUCCAUGAUGGGUACAUGGAAGUUCUUAAGUGGAGUAAUCAACAUUGCUACAUGUCCUGUUCUCUGUAUUGAAUACCUCAAAAAGCUUUUUCCUCUGUUUAGUUCAGGAUUACCUAGAUACUUAGCCAUAGUAAUAUCUACCUUAAUCCUAUCAUUCUUAAACUAUACUGGACUAACUAUUGUGGGUUAUUCCGCGGUAGCUCUAGCAGUUAUCUCAUUGGCACCAUUUCUGAUAAUGUCAUUAGCUGCUAUCCCUCGAAUUCGUCCGCGUAGGUGGAUCAGUUUAGGCCAAAAAGGGGUUAAAAAAGAUUGGAAUUUGUACUUAAACACACUAUUUUGGAACCUGAAAUACUGGGAUUUUAUCAGUACUGUUGCUGGUGAAGUUCACACACCCCACAAAACAUUCCCAAGAGGAUUGUUUAUAUCAAUUAUAUUUAUCUGCUUGUCUUACCUGAUUCCUCUUUUUUCUGUUACUGGUGCAAUUUCAAUUGAACAGAGGUCAUGGGAAACUGGGCUAAUGGCAGAUGUUGCUCAAAUGAUUGUAGGGAAAUGGUUGAAAUUAUGGGUUGAGAUUGGUGCUGUUUGUUCGGUGAUUGGAAUGUUUGAAGCCCAAUUGAGUGGUUGUUCUUUUCAAGUUGUGGGAAUGGUUGAAAUUGGGUUUUUGCCCAUGUUUUGUGGGGCCAAAUCUAAAUGGUUUAAUACUCCAUGGGUAGGAAUAUCAGUAGCAACAUUGAUCAUAUUAGGAGUGUCAUUUUUGGAUUUUACAGAUUUGAUUGCAUCAGCUAAUUUCUUGUAUAGUUUAGGAAUGCUAUUAGAAUUUGCGUCGUUUUUGUGGUUAAGGAGGAAAAAGCCGCAAUUGAAGAGGCCAUAUAAAGUACCAUUGAAGCUGCCUGGAUUAGUGAUGAUGUGCUUGUGUCCUUUUGCAUUGUUGGUGUGGAUAAUUGUAAUUGCUAGUAAGACUGUGUUUUUGAUGAGUGGUGUUAUUACUGCUGGUGGGAUUGUUUGGUAUUUUUUCAUGAAGUUUUGUCAGUCUAAGAAAUUGUGUGCUUUCAACAGCAUUCAGGUUCAUGAAUGA